AUGCGGUUUCACCUAUCAUAUUUGAUCUUAGCGACACUGACGGGAGAGAUAAACGCGAUCAGCCGUGCUCUCCUGGACUAUCUGCAAACACACAGUCUCUCCAUCAAGGAUGACAAACCGUCCCAUAUUCCCUCGUUCACAGACCAAUCGCCCCCGUACAGCGCUUGUUUGGUCGACCAUACCGACUGGAAAGUUUUGUGCAAUAGCGAGACUAAACAUGAAUGUUGGCAUGCCAUUGACGGCGAUAAUAAUACUUACUGGCGAAGCCGUGACAAAAAGGCACCGCAUGUUAUCACAGUUGAUCUGGGUCGCCCUGCCUACCAUGUCAGUGCGGUCACUAUGCUGCCACCACAAAGGGACGACAUGAAAGGUUUGAUCACCAAACACAAAGUCUUUCUGAGUGAGGAUGGUGACAACUGGGGCGACCCUGUUGCGUACGGUGUGUGGCCGGAAGAGAGAAGGGAGAAACUUUCCGCAUUUGAACCAAAACCAGCUCGAUUCGUGCGCCUUGUUGCCGAAAUGGACGGCUCCAAGCAAAGCUGGGUUGGUAUCUCCGAGCUGAACAUCUAUGCAACGCCCUAUGCUAUCCCCCCAAAUCCUUCCCUCGGCAGCUGGGGCCCAACACUCGACCUACCGAUUGUGCCUGUAGCAGGGGCGAAUGAGGCAUCUGGCAGGAUUGUCAUGUGGUCAUCCUGGGCACAGGACCUGUACUUCUCCACACCUGGUGGGCAAACAGCCAUGAGUCGAUGGGACCCAAUUGAUCGCCAAGUUUCAGGCCGAGUUGUCUCUGAUACCAACCAUGAUAUGUUCUGUCCGGGGACUGCUAUUGAUGGCACUGGAAUGCUAGUUGUAACCGGUGGCAACGAUGCAGAGCAAACGAGCCUCUACGAUGCUGUAGAGGAUAAAUGGAUUCGUGGACCCCCGAUGCUCAUGAGACGUGGAUACCAGUCUUCUGUGACUGUCUCUGAUGGGCGAGUCUUUGUGAUUGGUGGUUCUUGGAGCGGUGGUGCAAGCAGAGCGAAGGAUGGAGAAAUAUACGAUCCUCAGGACAGACGCUGGACUAAGCUCCCAGAGGCCAAGGUUGAUCCGAUGCUAACGGAUGAUACCGAAGGCAGAUGGAGAUCUGAUAACCAUGGCUGGCUCUUUAGCUGGAAGAACUUGACUGUCCUUCAGGCCGGUCCUAGUAAAGCCAUGAAUUGGUACUCUGUUGUUGGAGAUGGCGAGGUUACCCCAGCUGGUCUCCGUCUAGAUGAUGAGGAUUCUAUGUCCGGAAGCGCUGUAAUGUUUGAUGCCGUUGCAGGCAAGAUCCUCACAGUGGGUGGUUCUCCAGACUAUGAGAACUCGCACGCCACGAAAAAUGCUCAUUUGAUCACAAUUGGAGAACCCGGCGAGCCACCUAAAGUUGAAGUAGCAGGGUCAAAUGGACCAGGAAUGCACUAUAAGCGUGUCUUCCACACCUCCGUCCUUCUACCAGACGGCACCGUGUUUAUAACCGGCGGCCAAACCUUCGGAAUUGCCUUUAAUGAGGAGGAUGUACAGUUGAUACCGGAGCUCUACUUCCCUCAUAACAACAGCUUUGUCCAGCUGCAGCCCAAUAAUAUCGUCCGCGUCUACCAUAGCUGGUCCCUUUUACUCCCUGACGCCACUGUUCUCAACGGUGGUGGUGGUCUUUGUGGAAACUGCUCCGCCAAUCACUACGAUGCCCAAAUCUUCACCCCCCCCUACCUCCUCGAAAGCAAUGGAGAGCGUCGCCCUCGUCCUAAAAUCAUCUCACUAACCAAUGAAACGCUCCAUGCUGGACAGGGGGUAUGGGUUUCCACUGAAUCCAAGAUCUCCAACGCUUCCCUGAUCCGCUUAGGAAGUACCACUCACACAGUCAAUACCGACCAGCGGCGCAUUCCGCUUUCGUUAAAGAGAAUCACGGACACUACGUACAGCUUUACUAUUCCUAAUGAACCGGGAAUUGCAAUUCCAGGAUACUGGAUGCUGUUCGUAUUCAACGAAGACGGUGUCCCUAGUGUGGCUAGAACGAUUCUAAUCACUGCUCCAGAGGCUUGUGGUCAUGGCCAUUGUGAGCAUGAUGAGUGUGGGGAAGACUUCCAGAGCCCUACCUGGCAGUCAUGGAAUCAGGUGCUCAUUGAGCAGUUUAAACGUCGGUCAGGGCGGUGA